CUCGAAAUCGACGUCCAGGUCGGCAUGCUCUCCCGCCUUCGUCUCAUCUCUCACCAGCUCAUAAAGUCACGCACGAUGUCCACGACUGUUCACAACACCAACAAGGCCUGCUGCUCCAUUCCGCCCGUCGCGUCGGACUACCAGCCCAAGGGCACCAUCAAGCCGUACGCGCAGUUCAAGAAUGUCUACGUGACGGGCCCGGAGGACUCGCAGAACGCGAUCGUCUGCGUGUUCGAUAUCUUUGGGUUCUUCCCCCAGACGCAGCAGGGCGCCGAUCUGCUGUCGUCCACGCUGAAGACUGUGGUCUACAUGCCCGACUUCUUCGAGCCUGACGCGCCCUACCCAAUUUCCGAGUUCCCGCCCAAGGACGAGGCAGGGCAGAAGAAGCUGCAAGCAUUCUUUGGCUCAACAGCUGCGCCGCCGAAGGCGACGGCUAACCUGAUUGAGUUUGCGAAGACGCUCAAGCAGGAGGGCAAACAGAAGGUGUUCGCGUAUGGGUUCUGCUGGGGUGGCAAGGUUGUCAUCUCAGCUGGUGGUGAGGGAACACCGCUGGACGCGGUAUCCAUCGUACAUCCUGCCAUGUUGAGCGCGGAUGACGCGAGCAAGCUCACCGUCCCAUUGGGAAUCUAUCCGUCCAAGGACGAACCGAAGGAGGAGUACGAGAAGAUCCUCGAAGUCCUCUCCAAGAAGCCCUUCGCCUCGAAGGUCGAUGGCAAGUACUACCCCAACAUGUUCCACGGCUGGGCAGCCGCCCGGGGUGACCUUAAGAACGAGGAGAACAAGAAGGAGUACGAGGACGUGUACAACCGUCUCGCGCAGUUCUUCUGCAGUGUGUAGAGUUGUGGUUGUUGAUGUCGUGAAAGCAGAAAAACAAAAUGCAAUGUAUUACCAUCUGUAUACCACGAAACCAAGAGUGAAGAUGACGGACGAUAUCAACAAGCGGGUACGUAUACCCCGAUGGGUGCCGGAUGCCACUUGGCAGGGUUCGCGCGUUGCCAGCCGGGUGGCAGCGAAG